CGCGCCAGAUCCAAUUUCAAAUUUUGAGUCUCUCUUCUCUCACCUUCACUCUCCGACUCUCAAAACCCUAGCUUUUUUCUAUACACCAAAUUCGAUUUCUCUCGGAACCCGUUUCCGUACAAUCGGAGAUCCGAACCCUCAUUGGGUCAUACCCAUCGCCGAUUUUCUCAGAUCCGGCGCCGGAUUAUGCAACUCUAGCUUUGAUUGAUUUCUCCGAUUUUGUGUUUCAAGGGUUCGAUUAAUGGCUUCGCGCAACCAGAAUAGGCCUCCCCGUAGUCCCUCUACUAAGAAGAUUGGUGUUGAUGAAGUUCCGUUAGACAAGCGGAGGAGGAUAACAGGAAAAGCAGACGGCCAGAGUAGCAUGGGGCGACCACGGCUGCCAUUUAGUUCUGUUAACAAGAGGCAAGAAGGUGGAGCUGCCAGUGAGACUGCCAGUGUGGAGGGUUCAGACUGCGGCGAGGCUGAGAGAGUGUUCACAAAAGAAGAAGUCGAGGAGUUGUUGAACAAGAAGUAUAAAGAGAAGAAGUUUGAUCACAAGGGGAACGCCCAACAACUAGCCGCAUAUCAUAAAAACCUAAAGGAUUGCAUUAAAUGGUACCUGAAGGUUGAGAAAGAACAUCUUCUUGAGGUGGAAAGGCUUCAGAAUUUAUUGAAUUCUGCUGAAAAGAAGUGCGAGGAUACUGAGGUGGAGAUGAAGAACGUGGUAGAAGAACUCAAUGCCAUCAAUUCAAAUUUGCGACAAACUAUAGCUACCCUAGAAGAGAAACUCGCAAAGGAAGAAUCAGAAAAGAUGGAUGCAAUUAGUAGUCAUAGAAAAGAAAAGGACGCAAGGGCUGCUGCUGAGAAGUUGCAAGUUGCUCUCUCAGGCGAGCUUGAAAAAGUACGGGAAGCGAAAUUAGUUGUUGAGCAGAGGGCUAUCAAGUUUGAGGAUGAUUAUAAUCGAACACAAGAGUAUAACAAGAGUUUGCAACAGUAUAAUAGCAAACUGCAAAGUGAUGUUAACACAAUGGAUGAGUCCAGGAAACGAGCAGAAAAUGAGAAGCUGACUAUGGUGGAGAACCUUAGCAACUUGAGGGGUCACAAGAAGGCAUUAGAAGAUCAAUUGGCUUCACUUAAAGCUUCACAUGAUGAUGCUUUGAAGCAAAAAGAAUGUCUUCGAGGGCAAUUGCAAGAGGUUAGAGAUGACCGUGAUCACCAUGUAAAAGAGAAUCAUGAUUUGAAGGCUGAAGUUGUGAAGCAUUUUGCAGAGUUAGAUAAACUGGCCCAGAAAACUAAAGAGUUGGAGGAGACAUGUUCAUCUCAAAUGAUGCAGAUAGAUUCAUUAAAGCAUGAGAGAGAUCAAUUAAGGCAUGAAAGAGAUGUAUUAAAGCAGGAGCGAGAUUCUGCUCUUGAGAAAAUUGAGAUGGUUGAUUUAUCUGCUUCAGAAAUAAGCACAAGAUUUGAAGAGCAAAAGAGAGUUGAGCGUGAACUCCGAGGUCGCAUAGCUGAAUUUGAGCAGAAAAUUUUUGAAGGAGAGAGAUUAAGAAAAAAACUCCACAAUGAUAUUCUGGAAUUAAAAGGCAAUAUUCGAGUAUUCUGCCGUGUACGUCCAUUGCUACCUGAUGAUGCCACUGAAGUCCCAGUCAUUUCAUAUCCUACAUCAACAGAAGAACUAGGUCGUGGAAUUGACUUAGUGCAGACUGGGCAAAAGUAUCACUUUACAUUUGACAAAGUAUUUGAUCAUGCGGCAUCGCAACAGGAUGUUUUUGUGGAAAUAUCGCAACUUGUACAAAGUGCACUCGACGGCUACAAGGUUUGCAUAUUCGCCUAUGGUCAAACGGGUUCUGGUAAAACAUAUACCAUGAUGGGUAGACCAGAAAAUCCAGACCAAAAGGGAUUGAUACCUCGGUCAGUAGACCAGAUAUUCCAAACAAGUCAAUCUCUUCAAGCUCAGGGCUGGAAGUAUAGGAUGCAGGCCUCAAUGCUUGAGAUCUACAACGAGACAAUCCGUGACUUGUUAUCUUCAAAUCGACCAAGUGGUGCAGAGUUGACAAGGACAGAAAGCGGUGUGGGCAAACAAUAUACAAUAAAGCAUGAUGUCAAUGGAAACACACACGUAUCUGACCUCACUAUCAUUGAUGUUUGCAGUAAAAGGGAGAUUUCCUCUCUUCUACAACAGGCUGCUCAGAGUAGGUCUGUAGGCAAGACACACAUGAACGAGCAGUCAUCGAGAAGCCACCUUGUGUUCACAUUGCGUAUAACUGGUAUCAAUGAGAAUACCGAACAACAAGUUCAAGGGGUCCUAAACCUUAUUGAUCUUGCUGGAAGUGAGCGAUUAUCAAGAAGUGGUGCAACGGGAGACCGUUUGAAGGAAACUCAGGCUAUUAAUAAAAGUCUGUCAUCCUUGAGCGAUGUGAUAUUUGCUCUGGCAAAGAAGGAGGAUCAUGUUCCUUUCAGGAAUUCAAAGCUCACCUAUCUUCUCCAGCCCUGUUUGGGAGGGGACUCGAAGACCCUCAUGUUUGUCAACGUCUCACCAGAUUCUACAUCAGUAGGAGAAUCUCUCUGUUCGCUUAGGUUUGCUCACCGGGUAAAUGCCUGUGAAAUUGGGGUUCCUCGGCGACAGACAACUGCACGGCCUACUUCAGAUUCUCGCUUGAGUUACGGCUAAUUAUUAUUCUCUUUUGGUUUUGUCUGUCUGAGCCUGACUGCCUUAGUCUAGCCGACGCAGAGUCCACUGUUACUUGUAAUGAGGGCAAGGUCGUCUUGGGUAGUUAUAUGUAUUAAUGGAUUCCGAUUGGGUUUGUAUUAUUGGCGUGCAGAUCUUUCUGCUUCAAGCUUCUACUAAUUUGUACUUCUAGAUCCAUAUGCUUUUGUAACUGUAACAUUUUGUGCUUGGUAACAUGUUGUCAAUUGUCAUCUUAUGAUUCAGAAGGUGUAACGGGUGCUUGGAAUUCCAGCAAGAAACUCAGAUGAAUAUUUGCCUUAUGAUUAUAUUAUCCAAUAUAUAU